AUUUGAAGAAGAAGAUAAUAUCAGUAAUAAUGAACUUGAAAUUGGAAUAAGUUCAAAUACUGCUUCUAAUAUUACAAAUAAUAGUAAUAUUGAUGAUUAUAUUGAUUUUGGAAAUUUAGAAGAAAGUAAUAGAGAUACAUUUGAUAGUUAUUAUGAAGAUGAAACUAAUUAUGUAAACCCAUGGCAUAAAUAA